AUGCAUCGGGGCCGAAAUUGGACCAUUAUUUUGGUGAGAAAAUUUUUUUUCAAAAAAAAAAUUAAAAAAAAAUUUUUUUUUGCAGAUUUUAUCCACAUUUUUCUCAAUGUUUUUGAUCAUAUCAAAUUUGAAAAAUUCGCGUCAAAAUUUGAGGAAUUUUCAAGAAAAUUCUGAAAAUCAGGAAAUUUUUGAAAAUUCUCAGAAUUUUUCCGAAUUUCUGCAUCAUCCUUUUGAUAAUUUGUGCAAAUUUCCUCUACAUUCAAUUUAUGCAAAAGAUAUUAUGGUGAGUUUUUCAGGGGAGGUUUACUGACGCGUUUUCGGUAGCUACAAGAAAUGCGUCAGCAAAUUAUUUUGCUGACGUGUUCAUCAGAGCUUUGAAGUUAAGCUACAAGAAUUACGCCAGCAAAACUGUUUGCUGACGCAUUUUUCGUAGCUUGAAAGUUAAUAUAGAAGAUCUACAAAAUACACGCCAGCAAAAUAACUUACUGACGCUUUUUUUGUAGCUACAAAAUUCGCGCCAGCAAUUCAAACUACAAACUCACAGGUCAAACUAGACUAUAGUCCCCCCCCCCCUUUUAUUAUGCAUGCAAAAAAGAGUAUAUUUCUCUCUUUCUCUAACACUCUCUCAUUUUUCCUCACUCUCUCUUUUUUCUACAAAAAACGCGCCAGUGGGCAUUUUGCUGACGCAUUUUUUGUAGAUCUCGACCAAUCUGAACAAAUAAUGUAUUUUUGGAAAAAAGCUGUGCAAAUUGUUCGCCCAAAAGAUCGAGAAAUGCGUCAAUGGGGUUUUGCUGGCGCGUAUUUUGUAGCCCAUGAAUUUUGAGCCCGAAAAAACCGUUCCUGACUGAAAUUUCACGCUGAAUUCCAUUUUCAGACUCCCGAUCAUUCUGGAACCCGUCUACGAACUCUAAAAUGCAAUUUAACCAACGGAAAUGAUAUGGCAACAAUGGAUUCACAAGGAUAUUUAUACAUUUAUGCGAGAUAUUCACAAUAUCCAAUUUUAAACAAAACUUUCGAAUGUGAUAUUAUUUUCAUUGAAGGCGGAUUGCGAAAUGAAACUGCAAAACUGGGAAAAAAAGAUAUACAAGAGGUAGAAGUUGUGAAAAAUGUGAUGCAAAAUAUGCGCCUUUGGGUGAAUGCUGACGCGUUUUUCGUGCGAUGUUUUGAUCGUGAUGAGGAAAAAGGCAAUUUAUCGGAUGUUUUGCUUUGGGAAAAACCUUUUGCUGGUUUGGAAGAUCGGAGUUUGCCUAAAUAUCAGAUUUAUACCCGGCCUGAUCUUGAAUCAAUCAAUAAUUAUGGGAAUCCACGUCAUAAGCCAAGAAAGUCGGAAAAAUCAAUAAAUCGAUAUUCAAUCGAUAUUUUGGGAUUCGAUUCGACGUCGCGCACUCAAUUUAUGCGACAUUUACCAAGAACAACUGAAAUUAUGCUGAAAUUGGGAUAUCAUUUUUUGUAUGGAUAUAAUAAGGUGAGUCGCGGGCGGUUUUUAUUGGCAAUUUUCGCUGGGAGAAAUGUGGGCGCGCGUAGUGUAGGGGUAGCGCGCUGAAAUAGUAAACGCAGCUGUUUUGCUCGCUCAGGUUCGGUCCACGGUGCGCGCGAACUUUUUUUUGUUUUUUAUCGGGAGAAUCCGAGCUGUUUUCUAUUGAAGAAAUGUGAUUUUGGAAUUAACCACGUGGAACUAAAUUUCGAACCGAAAAAUCUCCGAAAUUCUGGAAUAAGAAAGCCCCUUUGGAUCGAAAAUUUGGGAAUUUUCAGAAAAUGUUCAGGAAUUUUUGAAACAGUGAUUUUUUUUUCUGAAAAAACUUUGACAUUUUUUUUCAAAUUUCACUCUGAUUACCAAAUUACUCUGAAAUUUCAGAAAAAUUACAGAUUUCAAUAAAAUUUAGCUUGACAGAGUAGGCUUUAAACUGAAAAUUCAAAACCACCAAAAAAUAUGUGCAUUUUUUGAAACAGUGAAUUUUUUUUCCAAUUUUUGCCACGUGGAUUCUCCUAAGCUACAAAAUUCGCGUCAGCUAAACCCCUGCUGACGCGUUUUUUGUAGAUCAACUCCAAAUUUAAUUCAUUUUUUCUUUAUUUGUUCUUCCCACUCGAUCUUUUGAAAUUGCCAAAAUUUACACAGCUUUGUUAAUCAAAUUUUUGCAAAAAUUAACACAUUUUUUCGGGGGUUGAUCUGUGAUGCUACAAAAAAUGCGCCAAAGGGGAGAUUGACGCGAAUUUUGAAGGAAAAAACGUGACCCAGAAAAAAAAUCCACAAACUGAAAAAUUUCGAAAAAAAAUCAUUUCAAAAUUUUUGAGUUUGAAGAAAUGACAGGUUAGUCGGAAUUCUGAAAAUUCUGAAAUUAAUUUUAGGAAAACUUUUUUUCUCCAAAAAUUCCCAAAAUUAAUUUCAGGUGGCCGACAAUUCAAUGGUAAAUUUGGGACCAAUAUUAAUUGGCGAUAUGCCAGAAGCCAUUUCAAAACCGAAAUUCGAUGAAUCUGGAGAUAUUAAUUUGGAUUGGAUUCUACCACAAAAUGAAUCGAUGGAUCCGACAAUGUUGAAAUUCUUGUGGAAAACUAUGAAAGAAAGUGAGUGAGGAGGAUUUUUAAAAGAAAAUCUCGACAGAUUAGAAUUUAGAGUAGUCCCACAACUAUAAAAUAUUUUUGAAACAGUGAAUUUUUUUUUGAAGAAAAAUUUUGGGUUUUUGGAAAAAAAAAUUCGGAAGAAUUAUCAAAAUUUUAGUUAAUUCUCAAAAAUUCUAAUAUUCUUGAAACAGUGAAAAAUUGUCAAUUGCAAAACUGAAAUUUUGUGAUUUUUUUUUUUGAUAAUCUUAAAAAUAACACUACGAAUAAAGUUCAAAAUCAACCUAGACUUUUGAGAUAAUUUUGAAACAGUGAAUUUUUUGUGAAUGAUUUUUUGAGCCUGAAUUUUUGAAAAUGUUCUCAAAAGUUGUAGAAACUUUCUCAGAGAUUCGCUGGCCAGCUCGCCACUAGAUCGCUGCGGCCACCUGGAAACCGCAUGGCCGCCAGGUCGCCUUGAGUUUUCCGGCCACGUGGCCUGUGUGUUUGAAAUCCUGGAAAGCUGGCAAGACGGUGGUUUGUACUCAAAACACUGCAUUUUCUACUGUUUUUUCACUUCCUAAGGUUUCAAGUGCUGCGAAAAAACAGAAAAUGAGCCAAAUUUAUCGAAAAUGCCUCAAUUCACAAGUUUUUCAGACAUUUUUAUGAAAAUUCAUUUUGACGCGGCGAAGUGGCCACCACAUGGUAGCCAUGUGGGCUUGACCUAGCCAGAGCCUGGCCACCUUGCCAGCGAAAAAAAACCGGGCGACAUGGUUUCCAUGUGGUUCCCAGGUCAGCCAGCCUCCCCACCUGGUGGCGAGCUGGCCAGUGAAUCUCUGAGUUGAAACAGUGAAAAAUAUAGAAAAAUUAGAAUUUUCACAUAAUUUUGGACCACAAGAAGGAUUCAUAUUAGAAUUCCAAAACACCACAAAAACUAUGAGAAAAUUUUGAAACAGUGAAUUUUUUUCUGUAGAAAAAUUCUGGGUUUUUCUAAAAAAAAAUAGAAUUUUUAUAGCAAAGGGGUCAAUUGAAGCUGUAUUAGAUUUUGAAAUAUUUUCAGAAAUUCAAGUAACUUUGAAACAGUGAAAAAUUUCAUUAUUUUUGAAAUGAAAAAAAAAAAGAUAAUUUUCUGCGACUACGUACUCUGAAACGGAAUUUCUGAAGUCCCCCAAAAUUAUCAAAAAUUUUUGAAACAAUGAAAAAUUAUCAGAAAAUAAUUUUAAUUGCAAAUCUGAAAUUCCGUGAUUUUUUUUUUGAAAAUCCUAAAGUAUACAUACGAUUUCAAUUAAAUUCAAAACCAACCUAGAUUUUUGAGAUAAUUUUGAAACAGUGAAAAAUCUAGAAAAUUUAGAAUUUUCACAUAAUUUUGGACCACAAGAAGGAUUCAUAUUAGAAUUCCAAAACACCACAAAAACUAUGAGAAAAUCUUGAAACAGUGAUUUUUUUCUGAAUAAAAAUUCUGGGUUUUUCUAAAAAAAAAAUAGAAUUUUUAUAGCCGAAGAAUUAUUGGAAGGUUAAUUAGGUUUUGAAUUAUGUUCAGAAAUUCAAGUUACUUUGAAACAGUGAAAAAUGUUUUGAUUUUUAAAAUGAGAAAAAAAAUGAUAAUUUUCUGCGACUUCGAACGCUCUAAAAACUGAUUUCUGAAGUCCCCUAAAAUUAUCAAAUAUUUUUGAAACAGUGAAAAAUUAUCAGAAAAUAAUCUUAAUUUAAAAUCUGAAUUUCCGAGAGAGCACAACUAAAAAAUCCACAAAAAGUCCUACAAAUCUUGAAACAGUGAAAUUAUGUAAUUCAGAUUUUUUCGAAUAUUUUGGAUACCCAUUUUUGAUUUUAGUCUCAUUGUCUGUUACAGUAUGCUAAUUUUUUGUAAGAUAAAAAUAUUUCAGUUAAAUUUUUUCUUUAUGUACCGGAAAUGUUGAUGAAUAUUGGAACAGUGAGAAAUUGACUUUCAAUAUAAUUUUGAAACAGUCAAUUUUUGUGAUUUUUAGUUGGAGAGGUCAGGAGGAAGGUUGCAGCAGAGUUCAGAAAAUCAACAAAAACUAUCAAAAAUUUUUGAAACAGUGAAAAAUUAUCAGACAAUAAUUUUAAUUUUAAAUCUGAAAUUCCGUGAUUUUUUUGAUAGUUCUACAAAGAAAGAAUUGAAUAAAACUCUAAAACAGCCCGGAAUUUUAAAAUAAUUUUGAAACAGUGAAGUUUUUCUGAAUGAUUUUUUGAGUCUCAAAAUUGUUAGUAAAUUAUGUUUUUGUGAAUUUCACUCCGAAAGUUACUGACUAAGUUAUCGAAUUUGAAAAAUCCACAAACAUUUCAAGAACUUUUGAAACAGUGAAAAAAAAUAGAAAAAUUCAAAAUAUUUUUUGGAAGUUCUCGGUCAGAAAACGGCGAGGUCGCUACCGAUAGGGGCGGAGUCGCUACACGUUUUUUGUUCCCCGAAAUGUGUAGCGACCUCGCCGUUUUCUGACCGAGUUAACAUCAAAUUCAAAAUUCAUGAAAAAAACUAUGAAAUAAUUUUGAAACAGUGAAUUUUUUUCUUCUGAAAAAUUGGGAUUUCGGUUGAAAUUUAUAGAAAAAAUUAUCCAAUAAUAGCAAAAUUUCUUGAAACAGUGGAAAUUUUUCAAGAAUUUUUUCCAUUUUUAUUUUGAAAUCGAAAUUCAAAAAAAUCCAUAAUUUUUCUGAAAAUUUUGAAACAGUAACUUUUGCAUAAUGGAAUAAAUAUUAAAAAAUUCACAAAAAUUAUCAAAAAUUCUUGAAACAGUGAAAAAUUACCAUAACUUCUUUAGGAAUCUAAAAUCGUUCUAAAAUCUUUAAGGGACUUAGAGAAUUCACCUUAAGAAUAUAUGAAACCUUAGCCAAGCUCCUAAAUCACCUGAAAAUUGUCUCAAAUACUGUAAAACCCCCUAAAUAGCUUUAAAAAAGCCCCUAAAGCCUUAAGAAGAUAUAAAAUAGUUUUAAGAACCUUGUAAACCUCCUAAGUUACCUCAAAUUCACCUAAAUUUUUUGCAGAAUACGGUUGUGAAACACUAUUCAACGAUGAUAUUUCUCGUAGUCAUUUGGGUCUCUUCAACUAUCCAAAUAUCGAAUUCAAACCGGGUUUCACUGAAAAACCAGCCGAUCAUUAUUAUCGCCAAUAUUAUUUGGCAUUCUACAAUAAAUGGAAAUAUUUACCGUGUAAAGAUGGUGAUCAAAUUCAAUGGGAAUUUGUGCAAAUUUGGAGAAGAUUUGCACAUUAUUAUAAGGAUAUUUGUCAUUUUGGCUUCACUUUUAUUUCGUCGUAGGUUUUUUGUAGGGAAAUUUGGGUUAUUUUGAGUCUAAAUAAGCUUAGGCUUUGAAAUUUUCCAAAAUUGCAUCAAACCCUCGAAUUUUCAUUCUAUGAAAUUUUCUAUGAAAUUUUGAAACGUAAAAAAUUUGGCGUUUUUUUUUGAGAAAAUAAAAAACUUUGAAAUUUCUCAUAGAAUUAUUGAAACAGUGAAAAAAAAUAUUUAUUUAAUUUGAGAAAAAAACCUUCAAACAAAACUCGAAAUAAUUUCCAAAAUUUCUAGAAAUUUUGAAACAGUGAAAAAAAUUGAAUUUUUUCAAAUCAUAUUUUCAUAGCUUUCCUGAAACAGCUGAUUUUUUUAAAUAUAGAAGAACGAUUCAUUGAAACCUUGAAUUUUUGUUAGAAAAUUAGGAAAUUUUUGAAACAGUGGAAUAAUUUUGUGGGAUAAAUUGAGCGUUGACAUUAGUUUUUUCAAUCAUCCAGAAAUUCAUAGAAAUUUUGAAACAGUGAAAUUUUUUUCAAUGAGGAGAAACUAAACGAAAUUCGAAUUUUAUUCAGAAAUUCUCAUAGAAGUUUUGAAACAGUGAUUUAUUUCAACUUAAAAUGUUCUUAUUUUUCAACAUAAACAGAAACCACAUCAAAAACCUGAUUUUCUCUAAAAUUAUCAUAGAAUUUUUGAAACAGUAGAAAAAUUUCAUAGAAUAAUUUUUGAACCAAAAUUGAAGAAAAAUUGAUUUUUGUCAUUAUUUUUUGAGAUAGAAGUUUCCACUGGAAUGCAUUUGAAAAUUGCUUUGAAAUAUAUGGAAUUUUUGAAACAGUGAAAUAUUUCCAAGGUUGCAUCAAAUUAUUAUUUUUUUCUGUGAAAUUUUCUUACAAUUACCAAUUUUGAAACAGUGAAUUUUUUCAAUUCAAAAAUUGUUCAUAUUCCAAAACAAAGAGAAUACUAAUCAAAAAUCUAAUUUUCUCUGAAAUUCUCGAAGAAUUUUUGAAACAGUAAAUAAUUUCUAUGAAAUUAUAAUCUUAUCUGUUGUGAAAUAACAACCCAAAAGGAGUAACAUCAAUCUUUCAAAUCCUCUAAAAUUCAUACAAUUUUUGAAACAGUGAAUUUUUUGUUCUCAAAAAAAUCCAUCGAAAAGUUUACACUUCGAAAAUCCACAAUUAUUCGAUUUUUAUUUGAAAGAAAAAAAUUGCUGUUUCAAAAUUUUGGUAUAUUUUUUCUGACAUUUUUGUGAAUCGAUGUGCUAAUACCAAAAUUAUCAAAAGUUAUAUUUUUUGCCACGUGGAUUUGAAAAUUCUUUUUCAGAAAAUCAGAAUUCAUGCAGUAUUCUUUCUGUCCAACGAAAUUUGAAAAAUCCCAGCUAAAAUUCAUAGAAUAUUUGAAACAGUGAAUUUUUAAAAAUCGAAAACUUAUUAGAAGUCCCAAAAUUUAUUCAUUUGAAGUUCAGAGGAACAAAAAAUUGAUAAAUUUUAAGACAUUAUUUCUAAUUAUCAGGUUAAUUAGUACUAAUUAAUUAAUUAAUUAAUACCCAAAAAUAGUAUCUCGAAAAUCCCCUGCAAAAAUCGGUUCAAACAUUGGAUAAAUUGCAGUUGUAGCUGAUGCUAUACUUUCAUAACUAAUGAAAAUUAAUUGAGAAAAUUAACAUGAUAUAUUUAUAUUUACCACAGCAGCUGGGAGGUUUAAGAACGGUUGAUUAACGGUUUAUAAACCAACUUUAAUGAAAUUUAAUCAACGAAGUACCAAUAUUUGAUCCACGGUUGAUCCCCGUUGAUUAACCGUGGCUUAAAUCAUGAAAAUUUUCAAAAUUUUUGAAAACACUUAACACCCAAAAAAGUUGCCGGGAACCUAUUUUCAUCGAUUUGGGUAAUUUUCAAAAUUUAAAAAUUGGUUAAUCCGCGGUUCAUUAACGGUGGGUUAAGCGUUGGUACUCCGUUGAUUAAAAGCAGUUUUUAUCAACCGUUAAUCAACCGUUUUUAUACUUCCCAGCUGCAGUGACCCAAAUAGCUAUUAGUGCUAUAAAGGAUAAGACAAAUUAGGGUGAAAUUUGUGAGUUGUGCGCCGAUUAGACCUAAAUAUUGGAAAUAUUGGUAGUAGAUCAUGUGAAAGUGAGAUUUGGAAAAAAAAUAAUGAAAAUGGAACUUGAAAAAUAUUAUAUCCCAGAAGAAUUUGAUUGCACUUAUUAGAUGUUAUAAACAACUACGAUUUUCUGAAAAUUAUUAUUAUUAUUUUAUAAUCAAUAUGCUCACAAAAUUCAUGGAAUUUUUGAAACAGUAGAAAAAUUUCAUAGAAUUUUUAUGAACAAAAUUCAGGAAAUAUUGAUUUUUGUCAAAUAAUUUCCUUGAAAUUUUUCAUCAACAUUUUUUCGAUGUAAAUAAAGUAGGCAAAUAAACAGUGAUCAAUUUUUUUAAUUUCUUUGAAAAUUCAUGAAAUUUUUGAAACAGUGAAUUUUUCUUCUCAAAAAAAUAUUCAUUGAAAAAUUCAAACUUCGAAAAGCCUUUAUAAUUCGAAUUUUAUUUGGAAGAAAAAAUUUGUUGUUUCAAAGUUUGUGUAUAUUUUUUCUGACAUUUUUGUGAACCGAUAUUGUACCAAUUGAUCAAAUUUUUUUUUUGCCACGUGGAUUUGAAAAAUGUUCUUCUUAAGAAACUUUACUCAAUCAUCAAGCUGUAUAACGAAAUUUGAAAAUUUCCAGCUAAAAUUCAUGGAAUUUUUGAAACAGUGAAUUUUUUUAGUUCAAAAACUUAUUAGAAGUCCCAAAAUUUAUUCAUUUAAAGUUCAGAGAAACAAAAAAAUUGAUAAAUUUUAAGACAUUAUUUCUAAUUAUGUAGUUAAUUAGUACUAAUUAAUUAAUUAAUUAUCUAAAAUCCUUAUUAAUCGUAAAAAUAGCUAAACCAAAACUUUUUUUUGUUCGAAAAAAGUUCACUGUUUCAAAAUUUUUGUAUAUUUUUUUCAUAAUAGGAUUCGAUGAUCUAACGGUGAUAUGAGGAUCUGACCGAAAUCAUGUGAAAAAAAUUCACUGUUUCAAAAUUUUUAUUAAUAAAAUUUCAAAAUUUUGGAAACUGAUUCAUUAAUUUGACGUUUUGUUCUAAAAAUAAUUUCACUGUUUCAAAAUUUUUGUAUAAAUAAUUCAUUUUUGAAUUUAAAAAUUCAUUCCGGCUGAUGAAAUUCCACCAAAAAUUCCCAUAUUUUUUGCAGAUUAACCCACGAAUCUCCAUUUGUUUUGGAAACUUUGGAUGAAAGAUUGGCUGGAAGUUUGAGUGAAAUGAAUUUGGAAGGAUUAUUGGAUAAUAGUUUAUCGAUUAUUAUGGGAGAUCAUGGAAAUCGAAUUGGAACUAUACAAUAGUUAGUUUUGCGGGGGGUUUUUGGACCGAAAUCAGGGAUUUUUGGAAUUUUUGUGCAGUGCUUCAAUAAUCGAAAAAUUAUCUGAUUUUUUAGUUAAACGUUUUUUGAAACAGUACAUUUUUGUCUUUUUUUCUAGAAAAUUUGAAUUUUUCUGUUCAAAAAAAAAUUCACUGUUUCAAAAAAUAUUAAUAUUUUUCUGAUUUUCUCGUCAUAUAAUUAUAAUUCAUUUUCUAAAUUACAUAAUUUUGAACAAGAAAAGUCCACUGUUUCAAGAUUUUCAGAAAUAAAAUUUAAUUUUCUGGAAAAUUUGAUAGGUUUUCGUUCUACUCGUUAUUCCAAUGAAAUAAAAAUUCACUGUUUCAAAAAAUCUAGAUUUUUGCAAAUUUUCAAAACCUCCAAUACCAAAAUGGGAUUUUUAUUAGAAAAAUUCACUGUUUCAAGAAAAAAUUCAAUUUUUCAGUUUGUUUGAAUUUUUGAUAUUCUCUUGUGAAAAUGUCAUAAACAUUUUAUGAACAUAAUUUUUGAGUUUAUAGUCAUCCCCUCUUAAAAUCCUUUUUUUUAAAACAAUUAUUCGCCGUUUCAAAAUUUUUACAUAAUUUCUGGAAACUUGAGUGAACUUGAUAUGUGACCAUUAGCUCCAAAUUUUUAUCAAGUUUUUUGAAACUAUACAUUUUUUUUCUUUAAUGAAUCAAUAACUUCCUUAUAUAUUUUCAGAUUUCUAGAAAAAUCAAAUUUCUGUCCUGAAAAAUUCACUGUUUCAAAAAAUUUCCAACUGAAAAGAUCACAGAGGAAUUUUUCAAUGACUUCUCGUUACGUUUGUAAUAAAAAUCACUGUUUCAAAAUAUUGAUUAAUUUUUAUGUGAAUUCUAGAGCUGUUCAUUUACUUUGAAAAAUUCACUGUUUCAAAAAUUAUUCAUAUUUUUCUGAUUUUCUCUUCAUAUAGUUAUAAUUCAUUUUCUAAAUUUCAUAAUUUUGAACAAGAAAAAUUCACUGUUUCAAAAUUUUCAAAAAUAAAAUGCAAUUUUCUGAAAAAUUUGAUAGUCCAUGUCGUUAUUUUUCCAAUGAAAUAAAAAUUUGCUGUUUCAUAAAAUAUGUGAAUUGUUCAGUUUAUUUUCGAAUUUUUGAUUAAAGUUGUUUUUUUUUCGAAAUAACUGUCAAAAAUAUUUGAUGAGCAUUUUUCUCAAAUUCAAAAAUUCAUUUUUUCCUCGUAAAGUGAGGAUUUUGAUCACACGUGAAUGCGUUUCAAAACUUAUUUAAAUUUUGCUCAUAAAAUGGUUUUUUGAUUUGCUUUUCAAAAUAAAUAGCAUCAAAUUGAUCUAAAAAAAAAAAUUCAUCGUUACAAAAUUUUCAAAAAUAAAAUUCAAUUUUCUGAAAAAUUUGAUGGUCUGUUGUUCUUAUUCCAAUAAAAUAAAAAUUAACUGUUUCAAAAAAAUCUAUAUUUUUCGAAUUUUUCGUGAAUUUUUCAAUAGCUUUCUUCUUCGCGAAUGAGAAAAAUUCACUGUUUCAAGAAAUAAUUGAAUUUUUCAAUUUUUCGGAAUUUUUGAUCGUAGUUUGACCUAUGCUGUAAAAAAAAAUACUUCUAAACUAUUUUCUAAAAAUGUCACUUUACAGUCAUCUUCCCAUAAAAUCCUUUUUUCCAAAAAAAAAUCACUGUUUCCAAAUUUAUAUAAAAUUUUUGAAUAAAUGAGAUAACUUUAUUCUGCAAAUGAUGAUUUAGACCGAAAUUUCACAUUUUUUUCAUUUCAAAAAUUCACGGUUUCAAACAAUUCUCAAAGAUUUCUCAUAAUUUCAUAAUUUUGCUGAAUUAUCUUCUGUUCUACCAAAUCUGAUUCUGAUUUUUCGUAAAUUUUUUUACUGUUACAGAAUUUUACAAAAAUGAUUGAAACUUCUGAAAUUCCAAUUUUUUAGGUUUUAAAAAAUUCACUGUUUCAAAAAUUAUUCAUUUUUUCCUCGUAAAGUGGAGAUUUUGAUUAUAUGUACUCACGUAUUAGUUUCAUAAAAUUGAGAAAGAAAUUUUAGAAAAAUUCACUGUUUCAAGAAAGUUUUAAUUUUUUGUUGAAAAUUUGAGGAACAUUGUUUCAUUCAAGUUAUGUAGUCCCGAAAAUGCACAGUUUCAAAAUAAUUCACUGUUUCAAUAUUUUCAGAAAUAAAAUUUAAUUUUCUGAAAAAUUUGAUGGUAUGUCGUUCUAUUCCUAUGAAAUAAAAAUUUGUUGUUUCAAAAAAUCUAGAUUUUUCCAAAAUGUCAGAAUUUUUUUUGAUCAUCUAAUUUCUCCAACUUUUUUAUUCAAAAAAAAUUCACUGUUUCAAAAAUUACCCAUAACUUCUGAAAUUUAGAGGAAUUUUGAUGAAUAGCUUCUCUAACACUUUCACUGUUUCAAAAAAUACCUAAUUUCUCGAUUUUCUGCAGUAAUUUGAUGAACGAUCACUCAGUUAAUUAAUUCUUCAUUACCAAGUAGAUCAAAACAUUUUAAUUCGAAUUAUUAAUCACAUUCGAUAUGAUUAAGUGCAUAUUCUAUAUCAAAUCAUAUAUCAUUCCAUUUCUCAAUCAUUUUAUCAAUUGUCAAUCGAUUCAGCGAACCUAUUUCCUCUUUCAAAAUUCCAGAAAAUUCACAUUUAUAAAUCUUUCGAAUUUCUGGAAUUCGCUCAUCAAAAAACUUCACAGCUGCCCACACAUUUUUCUCAAAUAAAAACCCGCUAUCCAAACUUCUAUCCUUGUUUUUUGGCUCCUUCAACUCAUAAUAUUCCUCAAUUUCCUUCGCAUUUUUGAGCUGCUCUUCGCUCGACUUUUUCCUUGAAUAUUUCGUUCAUGGCCCCAAUUUUUUGAAUCCCAAAGCUUUUCGCAUUUCGGAAAGUCCGAUGGUUUCUUGUGCCAUUGGAAUCAAGCGAUGAAGAAACAUUGUGGCGAUGAUAUCUUUUGCAACAUCUCCGUUCAUUAAUUCUUUUUCUCUGUGGAAAGCUCAUUUUCCAUGGAAAAGUUUGAGCAAUGAUCAGUAUUUGCUGGAAGAAAAAUAUUGAGUGAACUUUGCGCAGAAAUCUUGUUGGGACUUAGGCCUGGCCGCUAAAGCGGAAGACAGUGCCGCGUACGCGGAAGCUUGCGGUUUAUACUCGCGCAGAGCGCAAAAAAUUUAUCUAAAAAAUUCACUGUUUCAAAAAAAAAUUUUGAGAAAUUUUGCAUGAAUUUGAUAAAGCAACUAUAUGUUUGUUUUAAAAAAAUUAACUGUUCCAAAAAUACUGGAAAUAAUUUGGAAUUGAAAAAAACCUUAAUUUCUGAAAAUUUCAAUACACAAUUGAGCCUUCAAAAAUUCGCAAAUGAAAAAUUUCUGAAAAUUUAAAAUUGAAAAAAGUUUCCCAAAAAAAUCUCACUGCUUCAAAAUUUUUAGAAAAAUUUCUAGUAAUAGUUUAACCUUAUUACAUCAUUUAUUCUUGGAAAAAAAUAAUUUACUGUUUCAAAAAUUAUCCAAAUUUUCAAAAUUGUGAGAAAUUUUGAUAUGUUUGUUCUAAUAAAUUCCCGAAAAAAUCUCACUGUUUCAAGGAAAAUGUAAAAUCUUGACUUUUCUGAGUUUUUCUUUGAUAAAACGAUAACCAAUAGACGAUGAAAAUUCUAAUAAAAAAUAUCAUCCAAAGUUUUCAGAAUCAAAAUUUCAUGAAUAAAAUUCCAAAUUUUCCCCCAAAAAUCCUCCAUUUUCUUACAGCUCGUAUACAGGUCGAAUCGAAGAACGUAUGCCAUUAAUGGCAAUUCGAUUACCAACAAAUUUCGCCUCAAAAUAUCCCAAACAAUAUUCGAAUUUUUUGGAAAAUAAAUUCAAAUUGACUGCAAAUUUUGAUAUUCAUCAAACACUUCAAGAUAUUAUUCAUAUGAAUUUUGGAAAUCGAAAAAAAUAUGUGGAAAAUAAUCAAAGAGGAAUCAGUUUAUUUGAUGAAAUUCCGAAUUCAAGAAAUUGUAAAGAUGUUUUUGUUCCCGAAAAUUUUUGUACUUGUUUGGAAGGUGUUGAAGUCAAGGAUAAUAUGGAUGAAGAAGUUAGGGUAAGUCUGGGGCUGAAAAUUCGGGGUCAGCACGAAAAAUGCGUUCCAAUUUUUCCAGAAAAACCUGGAAAUCGUCAAAAAAUGGUUUUCGGAUCAAAAAUUGGAUAAAUGCAUCGAAAUCGAUUCCAUGGAAAUUCUGGAACCCGAAAAAAUGCGGAAAAUGAGUUUGAAUAAAUUGAGUCGAGAAGGUUUGAGAAGUAAGAAAAAUGUGACACUUUUGGAAAUUACGCGGAAAAAACCCGAGAAAAAUGAUGUGAGUUUGGGAAGAGAGUGCCACGUGGCAGAUGGAUUUUAGGACCGAAAAAUACAAUUUUUUUUGAAAUAUUUGAAAAUUAAUGUUUAUGGGAAGAUUUUUGUAUUCAAAAAUAAAUUUUGCAGAUUUUUUUUGAAAAAAAAAUUCACUGUUUCAAAAUUUUCAUUUCUAAAAACAGUGGAUUUUUGGAAGUUGAUAAGGUUCACAAGAAUAAAAGUUUGCAACGUGGCCAAAAAUAGUUCCAGUUGAAAUUUUACAAAUUUUUCAUUUUCACGUUAGGUUUUGGUUAUCAAUAUUGAUUUUCUAAAUUUUUUUGUGAAAAAAAGUUCACUGUUUCAAAAUUUUCAUUUGAAAAAGUUAUGGUUUUUCGAAUAAUCAGUAAAGUUUUGGUUGAAGAAAAAUUCACUGUUUCAAAAUUUUGUUUAAAAAAUUGCCGAUUGUCAAAAAUUGUUUGGUUGUAUAGUAAUUAAUUAAAAAAUCAAAAUAAAAAAUUAUUUAGAAAAUUCAAUUUUUCUUCUGAAAAAUUUCACUGUUUCAAAAUUUUCAUUUGAAAAUUCAGGAAUUUUUUAAAUUUGGUUUUUUUUUUCAUUCAAAUUCAAUGAAGAGGAAUAUAAUUUGCCACGUGGCAAAAAUUCAGGUUCAAAAAUUUGAUUUUUUCCUCAAUUUUUUUGUGAAAAAAGUUCACUGUUUCAAAAUUUUCAUUUGUAAAAGUUAUGGUUUUUCGAAUUUAUUAAUAAUCAGUAAAGUUUUGGUUGAAGAAAAAUUCACUGUUUCAAAAUUUUGAUUAAAAAAUUGCCGAUUGUCCAAAAAUUGUUAUGUUGUAUGAAAUUAAUCCUAUGAAUCUAAAAAAAAAAUCAAAAUUAAAAAUUAUUUAGAAACUUCAAUUUUUCAUCUGAAAAAAAUUCACUGUUUCAAAAUUUUGAUGAAAAAAUUUUCGAAUUUUUGAAAGUCGCUUUCAUUUUUUUUCAAGUCCUUUGAAAAAUAAUAUAAUUUUCACGUGGCAAAAAUUCAUAUUCAAAAAAUUGAUUUUUUCCUCAAUUUUUUUGUGAAAAAAAUUCACUGUUUCAAAAUUUUCAUAUGAAAAAAUCACGAAAAUUCAAAAACCGGUGGAUUUUGUUUGAUUGAAUGAAAAUCUCAUGUCACGUGGCAAAUCCAUUUUUUUUGCAGUUCAUAAAUUUCGAAUUCGACAUUUCUGCUCAUUUUUUGCUCCAAUCCCAGCCUCUCACAAAACUUCGAAUUCGAACCGAAAAAUUUGUGAAGGACAAAGACUACAGUCUAGUUUAUGAGCCGCAAAUCAUCGAGAAUCAACUAGAAAAUCCGAAGUGCCAAAAACAAUUAUCGAUUUUUGAAAUUUGCUCAUGUUUAUCACUUUAUUGA